GCGGGCGAGGGGGCGGUGUCCUGGCCAUGGCCGGCCUGUCGGACCUGGAGUUGCGGCGAGAGCUGCAGGCCCUGGGCUUCCAGCCAGGCCCCAUCACCGACACCACGCGGAACGUCUACCGCAACAAGCUGCGCCGCCUGCGGGACGAGGCCCGGCUGCGCGACGACGAGCGGCUGCGGGAGGACGCCGGGCCGCGGGGCCCGGAGCGGCAGCGGGAGGAGGCCCGGCUACGCGAGGAAGCGCCGCUGCGCGCGCGGCCCGCCGCCAGCGUCCUGCGCUCGGAGCCCUGGCCGCUGUCGCCUUCCCCGCCGGCGCCUAGCGCGGCCUCCAACGCCUCGGGGCCGUACGGCAACUUCGGGGCCUCCGCCUCUCCCUGGGCCGCGAGCCGCGGCCUCUCCUACCCGCCCCACGCCGGGCCCGGGCCGCUGCGACGCCGCGCCUCGGUCCGGGGCAGCUCGGAGGAUGACGAGGAUGCGCGGACGCCGGACAGGCACGCCCCGGGCCGGGGCCGCCACUGGUGGGCCCCGCCGUCGGCCUCUGCGCGGCCGCACUUGGCGCUCCUCGGCGCUGACGCUCGCCCCGGCCUGAAGAGCUCGCGCACCGGCUCGGCGGGCGCCGGGCGGACCCGACCCGAGGCGGGCCGGCGGUUGGAGCGCUGCCUGUCUCGGCUCCUGCUCUGGGCCAGCCUGGGGCUGCUGCUCGUCUUCUUGGCCAUCCUGUGGGUGAAGAUGGGCAAGCCCUCGGCGCCGCAGGAGGCGGAGGACAACAUGAAAUUGUUGCCGGUCGACUGUGAGAGAAAAACAGAUGAGUUCUGCCAGGCCAAGCAGAAGGCGGCCCUGUUGGAGCUGCUGCACGAACUGUACAACUUCCUGGCCAUCCAGGCAGGUAAUUUUGAAUGUGGCAACCCGGAGAAGCUGAAGAGCAAGUGUAUCCCAGUCCUGGAGGCGCAGGAGUACAUAGCUAAUGUGACCAGCAGUCCCUCUUCGAGGUUUAAGGCUGCACUGACCUGGAUCCUGAGCAGCAACAAGGACGUGGGCAUCUGGCUGAAAGGGGAAGACCCUUCUGAGCUGGCGACUACAGUGGACAAAGUGGUCUGCCUGGAGUCCGCCCGGCCCCGGAUGGGCAUCGGCUGCCGCCUCAGCCGCGCCCUGCUCACCGCUGUCACCCACGUGCUCAUCUUCUUCUGGUGCCUGGCCUUCCUGUGGGGGCUGCUGAUCCUCCUGAAGUACCGCUGGCGGAAGCUGGAGGAGGAGGAGCAGGCCAUGUAUGAGAUGGUGAAGAAGAUCAUAGAUGUGGUUCAGGACCACUAUGUGGACUGGGAACAGGACAUGGAGCGCUACCCAUAUGUGGGCAUCCUCCACGUGCGGGACAGUCUAAUCCCCCCACAGAGCCGGCGGCGCAUGAAGCGAGUGUGGGACCGUGCUGUGGAAUUCCUGGCUUCCAAUGAAUCUCGGAUCCAGACUGAGUCCCACCGAGUGGCCGGGGAGGACAUGCUGGUGUGGAGAUGGACUAAGCCUUCCUCUUUCUCUGAUUCAGAGCGAUAGGACAGGGCCUGUUCCCGCCAGCUUGGCCCAGCCACCCAGCUGGGGCAAGGACACAGACCUUUGGUGCUCAUUCACACCUGCCUUGAUUGCCCUCCGGGUCUCAGGUCUGGAACAUGUGGGCUUACUUAGGGUAGCCGGGAGAACGGGGGAGCCCCUUCCUCUAUGUCAGUAUUACUGACUGACAGGGGAGAGUGGCUUGUUCUCCCUGGAUAAAAAGACGGGCAGUGGUUGGAACUCUGGAGGUCCUGCACACAGCUAGACAGCACGGUGAUCCUGAAGCCCCUCGCUUGGGAGGUGGGUUGGGUGGUGGGGCAAAGCUUGGUCCAUGUGCCUUUUCGCUUCCAGGGAGCUUAAGGGGAGGGGAGGAACCCAUCUCACUCCUGCAUGGGCCUCUGUCCAGAAGGGGACGAUGUUAGAAGGUAGGAGCAGCUGGAGGGGACCAAGCAGAGGUGGCUGGGGUCUGGAAGGCGUGGGGGGUCCAGCCACAGCUGCCUGUGCCUCAGAGCUGCUCACAGGUCAGCAGUGCCCCCUGAGCCAGGGUGGAGCUCAGCCUCCUCACCUACUUACUGUGCGCAGGCCUCCUGGCUGCUUAGCCACACAGGUAGGGUGCAGCAUCGUGGCUGCCCACUGCCCUCUGCAGGCCACAUGGAGUAGUGUGGGCCAUUAGCCCUGGGCUAUGGAGGACCUGCUCUAAAAACACCCUGUGGGGGGCCUCAUUAGCUGAGAGGGAGGCUCUCCAGCAACUCUUCCGGCGGGUCUCACCUACAGCAGCAGGAGGACAGCCCCUGGAGGUGAUGUGCAGCUGCCUCCAGAAGACACAAGACACCCCCUUUUGGACCUAUUGCUGGUCUCUGUUUCUUAAUAAAGUACGGUCUCCAUGUAGCAGUA